CCUUUCUCUCCUCCUCUCCAGCUGCCCUCUGGAAAGGUCGCCUCGACGCCGCUAGCUGCGCCCCUCCGGAUUCGCCUUCGCCUCGCCGGGCGCGGGAGGAAGGGGAGCCUAUCCCCAUGCGGCUGUCGAUCAUGUCUCACAACUACCUUUUAGCUCCGAUCCAGGAGUGCCCCUCCGACUACCUGGUCAAAGACGUGAAGCUGGCUGUGCUGGGAACGGGGAGCGUGGGGAAAAGCGCUAUGAUUGUACGGUACCUAACCAGGAGGUUCAUUGGAGACUAUGAACCCAACACAGGCAAUCUCUAUUCAAGGCUCGUUCACGUUGAAGGUGACCAGAUUUUCUUGCAAAUCCAAGACACCCCAGGAUGUAUUGAGGUGCAAGAAGAUGUUGCACAGAUGUUGGAUUUGCUCUCCAGGUGCCUGAAGUGGGCGGACGGUGUUGUCUUAGUCUAUUCCAUUACAGACCACCGUAGUUACCAGUCCAUCCGCCCCCUUUAUCAACACAUCCGGAAGAUCCGUCCAGACUCUAAAAUCCCUGUUGUCAUUGUAGGCAACAAAGGCGACUUGGCUCACUCCAGGCAGGUCGCGGCCAGCGAUGGCCUGCAGCUGGCCAAUGAACUAGGCAGUGUGUUUCUAGAAAUCUCCACCAGUGAUAGCUGCCAAGGUGUAUGUGAUGUAUUUCAGUAUCUUUGUAAAGAAGUGAGUAAGUUGCACAGCUGUGGUAGCGGAGACAAGAGGCGGUCGUCCCUCAUUUCUCGACCCAAAUCACCUAACAUGCAAGACCUCAAGCGACGUUUCAAACAGGCUUUAUCGUACAAAGUCAAGUGAGCACCAACCUUGACGUCGGCCCCUGCUGAACAGACUGUUUUUAUAAAGCAUACAUUUAUAAGAAUAAUUUAUUUUUGUACUGAUGCUGUUUGUUCGUGCAUUUGUAAGUAUGCAGCUUCCUUGCAUUACUUUUGUAUUAAUUGACUCUGCAACCCCACAACUGAGUGCUGGAUUGCAACAGAAUGAAACUGUGAAAGAGAUGGUGCCAAUAUGCCUAUCCCUCUGUUUGAUAGUGACCUGCUCUUUAAACUUAGGGCAAGCAAAGUUGAAAGUAUUUGGAUUUCACGUUUGUCAAACUUCGUUAGUCUGAACUUGGCUUAAAUGAGAGUAUUUCCAUUUUACCAGAUGGUGGCUAGGGUUGCUCAUCUCUCUUUGAGCCUAUUCAAAUACACAUUUAAACGCCCCCCCUUAAAAAAAACAAAAAACUUACAGGCUGGUGUUUCAUUCUGUAUGUAACCACAGGGAAAUAAUUACAACUGAUUUUGUAAAAUGCGAGGAUCUGAGUUAUACAAUUGCAAAAUAAAACUAUUUAAAUAAAAUAAUUAAAUUCACUU